CGGGCCGUCGCGGUCUCGCACCCCUUUUCGCGCGGUUGCGUCCCGGCAUUCCCGUUUUUUCUGGCAACGAGUCCGCCACAAUAAUAACCACUAUACGGAACAACCUUCCAAGAAAACAAAAGCAGUAUCCACACACAAAAAAAAACAGCAGGGAAUAAAUAGCAGGGAAACAUAACUGCAGGCCGCGUGAGGGCAGUAGAAAAUUGCGGUUUGAUUUUUUCUCCUCGGCCCGCCGCCACACGCCAUCGUCGAUUCGUCGCCGCCUCCGCACCAACCGCCCUCCUCUACAUAACCGAUCCGAGAACCGCGCGGCCGCCCACGGUGGAGCGACUUGGACCGGCGCGUUGAGGGUCGGGGGCGUGGAAGCGGCAGAUGCGGGACGGCGGCGGCUCCGGCCGCGAAGGCGGGGAGGAGAAGGAGGCGGUGCGGGAGCGGGAGCGCGGGCCGCGGCCGGGGUGCGGGGGCGAGGCGGCGGGGCAGGCGGCGGCGGACUGCGCGGCGGUGUGCUGCUGCUGCCCCAUGGCGCUGCUGGAGCUGGUGCUGCUCGUCGCGGUCCGGCUGCCGGCCGACCUCGCGCGGCGGGCCAGGCAGAGGCGGCGCCGGCGGCGCGGCGGCAGCGGGUCGGCGUCGCAGUCCGGGAGCACCAAGGCCAUGUUCGCGGCCGCGGACGCGCUGGAGGCGGACGAGGCGGAGGCCGGGGCGAGGCGCGAGGAGGAGGCGGCCGAGGCGGCGUCCGAGUUCGAGCGCGAGAUCAUGGCCUCCCGCCUCUACGGCGCCGGGUUCUGGCGCUCCAACUCCUCCCGCUCCAGCUCCCGCGCCUCCUCCGCGCGCCGGUAGCCGCGCUCGUCGACGGCCGAGUCGGCCAACAACAACAGCGACGUCGGCGUCCUCUCCUUCUCCGUCGAGUCGAGUGCGUGUGUUCCCUGUCGCGUUGCGUGCGCGUGGAAAGAUUUGCCCCGUCUCGUCGUCAGGUGUGUUAGGUUUAGACUAGUUUAGUUCGGCAUCCUGGUACAGCAAGCGAUCGCGCACACGUGCGUGCGAUCUUGGCCAUGGCGUGUCGCUGCUUUUAGGAUGGGAUGGAUUCGUGAUGGACCAGUGGAAUUGCUUGGCUUGGCACUCGUGGAAUUGGAAUUGCUUGCAUGGCACUCGUGGUCAAUCAAUCUAGUACUAGUAGUGAUAAUGUACAGCAGCAGCACUAGUGGCAAAUCUCUUGAAGGAAUUUUGUGGCCAUCAAAGACCACCUCAUUUGCCAGUG